UUAUCAGAAUGCGUCGCUAAACUCAACAUUUCUCUCUUUCAAGAACUCUCGUCUUAUUUAACAUGGAAGUUUUAUGUGCAAACAAUUACGGGAUGAAUUUUCACCAGACAGAUUUUCUCCCCACUUUCUGUAGACCUUCAUUACGUAAUGUAUUUUUAACUCGGGUCUCCUAGCAUGCGCUGCAGCAUUGCGUGGUAGAGUAAAUAAAAAGUCCGGCUCUUUUUUUUCCUUUCGUCCCGAUUGCAGGGAUUAAAACUUGUUUGUUAGCGGGUUAAAAAGGAAAAAGCUUGAAAAAUGUCAUUCUCCAUUAUUCCUUUCGCCCGGUUGGGUGGCCGCUCAGCGAAAUUGCAUGUAAAUUGGACGAUCAAAGAACUACGGCUGCUUUCCAUUACCUCGACAAAUAUGGAUGCCAGUGACAAUUACCGCAUUGAGAAGGAUACCAUGGGGGAAGUAAAGGUUCCAGCAGACAAAUUGUACGGCUCUCAGACUGUCCGCUCCAUCUCCAACUUCCCAAUUGGCGUUGACACGGAGCGAAUGCCGUUUCCCGUGAUCACGGCCAUGGGCGUGCUGAAGAAGGCAGCGGCGACGGUGAACAAGCAGUACGGGCUUGACGCGCGGAUAGCGGACGCCAUAUGCCAGGCGUGUGACGAGGUGAUCAGCGGCAAGCUGUACCAGGACCACUUCCCGCUCGUCAUCUGGCAGACGGGCUCCGGCACCCAGACCAACAUGAACACCAACGAGGUGGUGAGCAACCGCGCCAUCCAGCUGCUGGGGGGCCAGCUGGGCUCCAAGGACCCGGUGCACCCCAACGACCACGUCAACAAGAGCCAGAGCUCCAACGACACCUUCCCCACGGCCAUGCACAUCGCAGUGGCCGUGGAGAUACAGCGCACUCUUCUGCCAGGGCUCAAGAUGCUGCAGGAGGCGCUGGCGCAGAAGAGCGAGGAGUUCGAGAGCAUCGUCAAGAUCGGGCGCACGCACCUCAUGGAUGCCGUGCCGUUGACUCUGGGCCAGGAGUUCAGCGGCUACGCGACGCAGCUGCAGUACGGCAUCGAGCGUGUGCACGGCACGCUGCCACGCCUCUACCAGCUGGCUCUGGGCGGCACGGCCGUGGGAACGGGCCUCAACACGCGCGUGGGGUUCGCGGAGAAGUGCGCUGCAGAGAUUGCCCGUCUCACAGGCCUGCCCUUCGUGACGGCGCCCAACAAGUUCGAGGCGCUGGCGGCGCACGACGCGCUGGUGGAGGUCUCGGGCGCGCUGAACGUGCUGGCCGUCAGCGUCAUGAAGAUAGCCAACGAUGUGCGGCUGCUGGCGUCGGGCCCACGCUGCGGCCUCUGGGAGAUCAGCCUGCCGGAGAAUGAGCCGGGCAGCAGCAUCAUGCCAGGCAAGGUGAACCCCACGCAGUGCGAGGCCCUCACCAUGGUGGCCGCGCAGGUGAUGGGCAACCACGUGGCCGUCACCAUCGGGGGCAGCAACGGCCACUUCGAGCUGAACGUGUUCAAGCCCCAGAUGGUGUCCAACGUGCUGCGCUCCAUCCGCCUGCUGGGGGACAGCUGCCGCUGCUUCACCACGCAGUGCGUGCGCGGCAUCUCGGCCAAUGAGGAGCGCAUCGCCCGGCUGCUGAGCGAGAGCCUCAUGCUGGUCACCGCCCUCAACCCGCACAUCGGCUACGACAAGGCCGCACAGAUCGCCAAGACGGCCCACAAGGAGGGCUCCACGCUCCGGGAGGCAGCCCUCAAGCUGGGGUUCCUGACGGAGCAGCAGUUCGCAGAGUGGGUGCGGCCCCAGGACAUGCUGGGUCCCAAGUGAUGCAGUCGUCUCGUCACACACAACAUCUAAGACUGGAGAGAAAAAAUCUUGUGAAUUUAAGAUUUUUAAAUUUCAAUUUCCUGUAAAUAUGUUUGUAUCAACUAACAAUUUAUAUGUGUAAUUUGAAUUACAUAAAAAAUUAAAAUACCUUGUACAUACA